AUGCAAUCUGCUGCAGGGGUGUUUAUCGACUCACAACAAAAAUAUGCACAGGAGAUUGUGAAAAAGUUUCAGAUGGAGAAAUGCAACUCUGUUGGCACGCCAACUGAACCUGGGCUGAAGUUGAUGAAGAAUUCUAGAGGAAAGAAGGUAAACAACACUUUGUACAAGAAAAUUGUGGGGAGCUUAAUGUAUUUGACUGCCACCAGGCCUGAUAUAAAGCAUGGGGUCAGUUUAGUAAGUCGGUAUAUGGAGAAUCCAACAGAAGAGCAUUUUCUAGCAGCAAAAAGAAUCUUUCUUUACUUGCAAGGCACUAUUGAUCUGGGAAUUUUCUACAAGAAGGGAGAACAGUCAAGUCUAAUUGGGUUUACAGAUAGUGACUAUGCUGGUGAUAUAGAUGAUAGAAGGAGUACAUCUGGACAUGUGUUUGUGAUGGGUACAGGGACCGUUUCAUGGUCAUCAAAGAAGCAGCAGGUUGUUUACUCUAUCCUCGACUGA